CCAUCAGAAGGGACGGCAAGUCCCUCGAGUGCAGCUCCUUGCAGUCUGCUUUAGUCUCACCCUCGACCUCUGUCAUCAGUGGACGAAGGGCUAGUUGUUUUUCCAGCGCUGUAUUUGGCAGAAAGAGGUUACUUAAGGGGCCGAAUGUCAAAUACAUAUUUAAAAUUCUGCAGCCCUGGAGAGGCAGCGUAUUUCAGGGGAAAUGAGAAAUGCCGUUUCCAGUCUGGAAGGCCCUCGUCUCUGGAGCGGAGCCGACGGCGCGGCUCCAGCCGCCCCCGGAGGACCGGAGGAGCCGCGGCCGUAGCCCCGCCCCGUGCCCGGCCUGAGUGGCUGGGGGGGCGCGGGCCGCCGGCUGGGGCCCGGAGGGCGGCGGGCGCGCGCGGCCUCUGUGGGUCUGCGUGUGUGUGUCCGCGUGGGGGAGAUGCUUCGGAGCCCUGCGACGGAGUGUUUCCUUCCGAAUGGUUUUGGUCAGCAAUCCAUUAGGGGAUCAUGAAACUGUUUUUGGCUAAAAGGAUGAAAACUGAGCCAGCCACUAUUUACUGUCAUCCAAGGAAGGGCUCCUAUUCUCCACCUCAGACUUCUGAAACCUAUGAAUCUUUGGCAUAAUCCUUCGGAAAGUUCUUAAGCGGGAAUGGAGCAAUCGAUAUAAGUCGUGGAAGAAGACAGAUUUGUACUUUUCAUGCUGACAAAAAAGAGCUGCAAUGACUUUCCCAGCAAUGUGGACGGGGGCCAAGUGAAGCUGAACUGGUCAUGGUCUGUCGUCCGGGGUUCCUUUGUCGUCGGCGCUUCUGCCCCCAGCCCUUCUUGGUGGGCUUGGUGGUGGCAAUCUGUCUCUUCUACCAGAGCCUGACGUUGCGAGGGACAAGGAAGCUCCCAGCUGCUGUCCCUGGAGCUGCCCCCAGCACACCCACCGAAACCCAGGCAAGCAGAUGCAAGGAAGGAUUCUCCCUGGACAAACAGUGCUUCCUUCUCUCCAGUAAUGCACAAGAAAUCAGAAAGAUGGAAGAAUCCAUUGAGACACACUUUGGCAGCCGUGGCAGAAGGGCCAUACUCUGCAGGCCUGCUUCCUACAGCAGAAUGGAGCUGAAGCUCUACCAGCGCAUUCUCACACAACACCACUUCACAGUGGUCAUCACUGAAGAAAGGCUCAGUGAUAGCCUUGGACUGGGGCUUCUAGAAAAAGGUGAUUUGGACUCUUGGGAUCUGCUCAUUUGCCUGUCUUCUCAGAAGGCUUGUGGAGAACCCUGCAUACCCAAGGAAGGCAUAUGUCAGUUAAGUUUACAUCAAAAGGUCAACAUAUUGCCAGAAAUACAGCAUCAGCUUUGCACAAAGGAAGGAUUAUGUCAAAUAAUUAGAAGAUUUCCAGACUUACGACUUCCAGUGAGCCCCUCUGUGUGUCUGGAUCAGAGCACGCAAUUAAAGCUGAGUACUUCGAGACACCUUUUAAAAACAAUGAAGCCGCGUACGUGGAAACCAAGGCAGUGGAGGCAAGAACAGCUGAAUCAAACGGCCAUCCUUGCUCCACAUGAAACAAUCUUUAGAGCUAAAGAUCUAUCUGUGAUUCUUAAAGCAUAUGUUUUGGUGACAUCCUUCAUGCCUUUGCAUGCAUUCAUUCAUUCAACUGGCUCGGUUUGGGAUCCACCAAAGAAAAAACGCUUCACUGUCAAGCUGCAAACAUUUUUUGAAACAUUCCUGACAGCCAGUUCACCUCUUCAGGCUUUUGAUAAUAUGAAGGAAGCAAUUAGCAAGCUCCUGCUAGCUGCUGAAGUGUUCAGUGAAACAUCUACUCUGGGACCAAAGGCUUUUGAAAGAUGCAGGUUGUGUUUUCAACUUUUAACUUUUGACAUCGGCUAUGGAGGUUUCGGGUACCCUAUAGUGCUCCAGGUUCAUGAGCACUUGAAUUUUCAAGAUGAUGAUAAUAUGGAUUUUGAGGACCAAAAUACAAAAGAAUUCCUUUUAAAAGACACUUUCAGUUUUCUCUUCUCUAAUGAAUCUUCAUUUUCCAUGUUUUCUGAGAUAGUUCAGGAACUUCAUAGAUCAGGUGUGUUCAAGGGUGAAAACUAUAAAAAGGAACUAAACCAAUGCCUGUCUUUAGAGGAAAUUAACUCAAUUAUGACUUUCAUAAAGGAACUUCAGAGUUUGGGACAAUUCCAACUGCUCUUCCCAUCUACUACUCCUGGGAUUCAAUCUUUGAUGCAUGAGUUUUAUGAUGUGGCAAAUACUAUGGGAAAACCUGUUUCAGCCCUCACCCAAUACAGAUCUCUUUUAAGUGUAUUUGAACAAUUUCAGCUCCUAAAUAAGAAGGUACAGCUCCAGCCACUGAAAUGGAAUUCUUUCGUAGAGGAUGAGAACAUUGAAAAGCCCCAAGUGCCAUUUGAUGCCAUUAAAAAUAAAAAAGCUGCAGUUCCACAAAGUAUAAAUGAAACCGAAGAAGUGCAUUGCAGUGAUGAUGAAGACAUGCAAUGUUAUAUCAAGCAGAUCUUUGUAUAUCCACAUUUGGAACUAAAUCCUGAAUUUAACCCCAAGAUCAAAGAUUAUUACUCUGAAGUCCCAUUUGACGUGGUAACAGUGGCAGUUGGAGCAGAGACUUCUAAGUGUCAGUGCAAGGUGUCCCUGUAUGAACGGGCAGGGCCAAGCUUUGCCAACUACCCUCUGGGUUUAGGAAUGAACAAAAUCUCAAUGCUUGUGGUAGAUGAGUCUCCAGCACAGGGUGAUACCCUGAUCACAUACAAACUCACUAUCUAUAGAGAAGACCGUCCGAGUCUGCCUUUGUUUGAGGACUUCACAGCAUGUGGUUUUGUGCAGAUUGUUGAAGAGUUCAUCCUUCUGCACAGUAGCCUCCUUCUACCCCAGUGUGAUUCCUCAAGACUUUUAAUUUUCAGGGGUUGA